UUUAUCAGAUGCCUUUUAGAACACUGAGAAGUUAGGUAUGUGGAGGUUAAGUAAAUAAUUGCAUAACCUAAUAUUAUUCCAUUGGCCAAAUUAUUGGUAAACUCCUCGACCUCUGAGUAUAUUACGAAUAUCUCCGAUCCACCGAUAAUUUAUUACUCAAUCUAUCGUCAAUCGUUUGCAACAGUUUGAUAGAAAAUGAAUUUUAGACAUUCUCAAGGCUACAAUUUCUCCCCGUCAGAGGGCUAAUUACGAAUAAAUUUACGUCCCAUCUCUCUCCAACUCGAUGUCUCACGAUAUUUUUUGAAUCGUCAGCCAUUGUUAGUUCCAAUCGAUUAAUAUUUUUGGUGUUCUGUUGAGCUAUCCUCUGUUGAAAUGAAAUGACCAUUAAUUACCUGAGAUAGAAGGUUAACGCGCAGAUGCAAUCAAUGAUGACAGUAUUGUAAUCAGUCCAGUGUUUAAUAAAUAACGUGCAGAUAAUGUGUACGAUAGGUAUUCGGUCAGUGAUUGAAUUUUACGAAAAAUCGAGGGAUUCGUCGGCAUGAGGAGAUACCCCACGUAAACAAUUCUAGUGACUGUUUAGGAGAGCGAUUUUUGGCCAUGUAAUUAUGAAGAUAAGUGUGAUGAUGUUUCCUCUAAAUGUUGUGAUGCUCAUGGAAUGACACGGUGUUUAUGAAAACCGUGACACAUGUUACUGGGUCAAUUACUUCAAUACUCAUGGCUAAGGGAAAGUAUCGCGGUUCCAACGGGAACAACAAGGCACUUCUGUCUACAAAUGGGUCAUUCAAGAACUCGGAGAUUUUUACCACUGAGUUUGAGAUCAAUGAGACGCCACCGAGCGCCAGGACACUUCUCACAAAAGGCUACAUCCAAGAUGAAAUUAAUAAUUUUUCAGGUGCAACAGUAUCCACUCGAGGUAGAUUUAUGACGGAAUCAGACAAGUCGCGUUGUCCAACGGAGCGGCCCCUGUACCUCUACAUCCAGGGUCACAGCAAGCACAAUAUCGAUCUAGCGAUUCAAAAAAUUCACGAAAUAAUAAAAACCGAGCACCAGAGUUCAUUGAGCCGUCCGAGUAGAUUCACAAAUGCACCACCACCUCUGAUGAGUCUGCACUCUGGUACACCGUCAGUGGAGAAGAUCUGUGUGGGGAUUGAAAAUGCACCUCAAGGCUUUGAUUUGAGGGGUCGAAUGGUUGGGGCUGGAGGCGCUAAUCUGUUGUACAUAAGAGGAGAGACCGGUGCUAAUGUCUCGUUAAGAGGGAGAGGCUCGCAGUUCGUGGAUCCAGUGCUAGGUAGUGAAUCUCCUGAGCCCCUUCACCUGUACAUAGAGCACUCGAAGCCUGAGGCACUGCAGAAUGCCAAACAACUCGCUAUUAAUUUGAUUCAGACGAUGCAAUCAGAGCUCCAGGCGUACAUUCAGCAACAACCACCGCCUGUACAGUCACAACAGAUCAUUGAAACCUCACAGCUCCAGCAGAUACAGCAGGCACACUUUCAGACUAUGAAUAUUGGAGCUCUGGGACAGUCAAAUGUCGUUACCAUUCAGCAUCAGGAUAUCAUUCAGCAUCCUCAGAGCAGUGUUGUUACGUUACCAGCUACUAUACUCACGGCGACAAUGUCUGGAGCUCCUGGGGCUGGAGUUCCACCACCUGGGGUUCAUAUUCCAGCGCAUGCAGGACCUUUGGUACCACCCAGUCAGACCCAGGACCUCCAGACGCUCAUUCCACCGCCGUCAGUGGGUCAAGUACAGCUUAUCGCUCCACCACCAACAGUGAGCCAGGUUCAGUACCAAAUUCAUUCUGGUCAGCCCCUGCACAUUCAGGUGCCACCAUCAUCGCAUUCUUCCUCUCAACCAGUAGCACAAAUGUACGUUAUGAGUCAGCCUCCACCGGGGAGUCCAGGUCACUCUGGUUUCAUAUCAAGCAGCAGUGGUUCAGUGAGUGGUGCUGUAUCAUAUGUGUACACCCAGCCGAACAUGCCAAGACCAUCGACCCCCUGUCAAACGGCAAUUGAAACUGUAAACGUCAAUCUACAGCAGCCACCUCCCUCAACCCCUCUUAACAUAACUCAUCAGCCACCCCCACCUCUCCUUCAUCUCCACUUUCCACCGCCUAAUUUUCCUCCUAAUCAACCGCCUCCACCCAUUCCGCAGACAUAUCAGAUACAGUAUCAGCAAGUGCAAACGAGUGGUCAACAGUUUGUCCUCCAGCCUGAGCAAAUAGUACCACCAGUACAGCAAAAUCCCGAUCAACAUCUACUGCAGUCACAGUUUGAGGAGCGUACUGGUCAGUAUCCAAUGCAAAUGCCACCACCAACAACACAAACGUUUCUUGUGCCAAACUCACAAUCACCUCAUCAUCUGCCGACUGGUGCACCUUUACCAAUUCACGAGGGACCACAUCAUCACGAAGGUGGACUCGAACAAGGACCACAACCUGUUCCACCACCUCAAAUGGUUCCACCUCCCAAUCAAUUGGCGGGUUCUAUGAACGUUUUAACGAGUGUACCACCACCUAAUCAACAGGGGACCAGCCAGACUGCACCUUGGUUGUAUACUGGACAGCAACCACCUCCGGGCCAAAUACAGGUGCAAAUGCCACCAUCGCAGGGUCUUCACAAUAUCCCACCGGGCCAAAUACAUUACACCCAACAAUUGCAGUAUCAGAAUGGACAAAUGCCUGAGCAACUCCAUUAUACGGUCCAGCCACCUCAACAGCCAUUCGAAAUGCAUAAUCCAGACUCUCCAGAGCAGCAAAAAGGUCACGGUGUUAAGAGGAGAUUCAACGACGUUGAGGGUCCCCAGGAGCCUCCACCGUAUCACAACGCUCCACUACCAAUUCAUCGGCACGGAAAUGGUGAUGGUGAAAGGCUGCUGCCACACGGACAUGGUCCACCACCGGGAGGUGUUGGUCCACCCUAUGGCGAAAGAAAUAAGCCGCCUAUGCCACCUCCACAUCCAGGUGAGAAACUUAAUAUGGAGCAGAAGCCCAGUGGAGUUAUGCAUGGCAAUGAUUCAAAUUUCGACGGAGAAUGCGAUCAAUUAGCGCCCCCAGGACAAGGGCCACCCCAUCCAGCCCCUUGGCAGGGUCACGAUGGGCGAAUGUCCUGGAUUCGGCCACCGCCUCCACCACCGCCGACAAAUAUGCCACCACCACAAAUCAGGCCAUCACGAGGUCAAUCAGAUGGCGAUCAGAAUCGACCGUCGAUUCAAUCAACGAUGGAGCACCAUGUCAAUAUCGAGUACAAUCAAAUUCCCCCAUACGCCGGAAAGCCACCGCCUUACAAUUCACUUCCAUUGAUGCAUUCAAUAUGCAACCCACCACCACCACCGCCUCCACCACCCCCACAUCAUCACCAACAAAGACCCCAGUACCCGCAACAAUAUCAAGUUCCUGUUUCACAGGGUUAUCAGCCGCCUGUCUCGUGCCCACCAUGGAUGAACUCAUAAUCACUGAAUUCAUCGUGAAUCGCUCAUCAAUAUUCAGUAUUUUAUUUCGUUCAAUAAUCUCUCUCCAUUGAAUUAUACAUUUUUUAAAUUGUAUACUGUACCAUAUGGAGAGGGUGUUACGGUCUCGAUAAACACGUUGUUAUAAAACAAUAAUCACAUGACUGCAGACAAAUGUUUCUCGUCGGAGAAAAGACAAAAUUUCGCGAGAGGCUGCUUUAAUUGAUGUUAUCAACGAAUCGACUUAAAUAACGUCCUGGAACUCUUAAUACAAUACAAUUGUAAGUUUGCAUAAGUAGAGGUACAGGAUUUAUUGUGUACA